AGUCGUGUUGGCGGUGAUCAGCAGACACGCAUUCCACGUGUGCGAAACUUCGUAGAGAGAGGUUGCGCCUUUAAAUGGCAACCUAGUUCCAUAAUUUUUCUUCCUGCUCUCUCGCUCGCUAGCCCGUAGAUAUUUGGAGCGAAUCCGCCGUCUUACCAAUCAGAUUGAGGCUUCGGCGUAGAAGGGAGCUAUGGUUGAUGUAAGCGUAGAGAACGGUGGUGCGGUGGAGAUCCUGUUGGAGAAGUUCGAUCCGACGGCAGUGGUGGCCGAACCGUUGCCUCCGGUGGUGAUAUCGAUCGAGAAAGCGAACGACCGGGAGAUCGUGCUGGGACCAAACGUGCACACCACUUGCCUGGCCGUUACGGAGCCCGAUGCAGACGACGAGUUUACAGGGGAUAAGGACGCCUACAUGGCUAGCGUCUUGGCUCGUUACAGAAAGACCCUCCUCGAAAGGACCAAAUGCCAUUUAGGUUAUCCUUAUAAUCUGGACUUUGAUUAUGGUGCUCUGGCACAGUUGCAGCAUUUUUCAAUUAACAAUCUUGGCGAUCCUUUUAUUGAGAGCAACUAUGGUGUCCAUUCAAGGCAGUUUGAGGUUGGUGUUUUGGAUUGGUUUGCUCGUCUUUGGGAAAUAGAGAAGAGCGAAUAUUGGGGAUACAUCACAAAUUGUGGUACAGAAGGCAAUCUUCAUGGGAUUUUAGUUGGGAGGGAAGUGUUCCCAGAUGGGAUUUUGUAUGCGUCACAGGAGUCACAUUAUUCUGUUUUUAAAGCAGCAAGAAUGUAUAGAAUGGAGUGUGUGAAGGUUGGCACUCUGGUUUCUGGUGAGAUUGAUUGUGCAGAUUUUAAAGUUAAACUACUAGCUAAUAAAGACAAACCGGCCAUCAUCAACGUCAAUAUAGGGACAACUGUCAAAGGAGCUGUUGAUGAUCUUGAUCUUGUGAUACAAACUCUUGAAGAAAAUGGAUUCAACCAUGAUCGGUUCUACAUUCAUUGUGAUGGAGCUUUGUUUGGACUUAUGAUGCCUUUUGUCAAACGUGCACCAAAAGUCACUUUCAAGAAGCCCAUAGGAAGUGUGAGUGUUUCAGGCCAUAAGUUUGUUGGGUGUCCAAUGCCUUGUGGUGUCCAGAUAACAAGGCUGGAGCACAUCAAUGCCCUGUCGAGGAAUGUUGAGUACCUUGCUUCAAGGGAUGCCACAAUAAUGGGGAGCAGGAAUGGUCAUGCUCCUAUCUUUCUCUGGUACACCCUCAACAAAAAGGGCUACAAGGGGUUCCAGAAAGAAGUCCAGAAAUGCCUUAGGAAUGCUCACUACUUGAAGGGUCGCCUACAUGCUUCAGGGAUUAGUGCCAUGCUGAAUGAGCUCAGCAGCACAGUUGUGUUUGAGCGACCUUUGGAUGAGGAGUUUGUUCGCAGGUGGCAGUUAGCUUGUCAAGGAAAUAUUGCACAUGUUGUGGUGAUGCCCAAUGUCACCAUUGAGAAGCUGGAUGAUUUCUUAAAUGAAUUGGUCGAAAAACGUUCGUCCUGGUAUCAGGAUGGAGAAGUUAAGCCCCCUUGUAUUGCAGCGGAUGUUGGGAGCGAGGGUUGUCUUUGUACUCUGCACAAGUGAGUGUUAGCAAACGGGAAUUGUCUUCGAACUCCGCAUAUGAGUUAGUCAUUGAUAUUUUCAGAUCGUCCCAUUCUCCUGUUUUACCUGUAAUAGAAUGCUUGAUCCAAGUAGAAUCUAGUUCCCGAGGAGUCGGUCUUUUCCUAUUUCAAUGAAGCAUUCAUAUCUGCUUGG